AUGGCCCACGGAAGGAAGUUAAGCAUUAGUGCGGCGGUAAUGGUGGUAACGAGUCUGGUGACGGUUUGUUCCGGAUCGGCCAUUCCGAUGUGGGAGUUUCUCAGCCGUGGCGAAAAGAUGUCCCAUCUGUACACGAUGUUCGCCAAGCAGGUGUCGAGCUACUGCAAAGGCUCCCAAGAUAUGCCGACCAACAUGUGCAAACGGAAUCUGCUGAUGUACGGCAUCAACAAGCUGCAGGACAUGAACGAGUCGCACCUCGACUCGAUGGACCCGUACCAGCGUGGCGCUACUGAUAUAAUUUGGGACGCCAUGAUGGACGGUCACACGAAGAACGGCAAAAAGAAGACGCAAACGACGGCCGCCCCAGCGUACAUCAUGAGCGAGCAGUUCGAGCACAAUCCACUCUUCGACGAUCCGGCACCCUCGGAUGACGUGCGCAAGAGCGGUAGCAGCAUCAGCAAGUACGGCAUGGACUACGACUACGGCAAUGGGCCGACCGGGCAGGAGAUGCACUACUCCGAGCCGCAGAACCAUCUGCCACAGGAAGCGUCCACCAACGUCGACUACAGCUAUCAGUACGAGCCGGCCGCAUCGGCGCACUUCAACAACCUCGCACCGUACGAGCAGACGAGCAACUACCUGACCGGUCCGAUGGUGGUGCGUCUCCGGCCGGACGGUACGCCAGUGGAGGAGGACAAGGUGCAGCCGACAGCGGUCGUGCCGAAGGACGACGACAUCAAGGAGAUGACGCUCGGCAAGGAGAAGAUGCCCAGCUUCCAGCAGAUCUACGACAGUCUCAAGCAGAACGAGGACCAUCAUCUGCCGUCGACGGUAGCACCGACCAUCUCUACGACGGUCGUCCCAACGACCGUUGCCCCGAAGACGGUUGCGCCGCCCGCAUUGCCGGUGGUUGCACCCACACAGCAAGUGUUUGCCUACGUUCAGCGUCUGCCCAACUACCUCCGAUCGUACCGCACCGCCUACCGAGUGUACAACGCGCACUAA